GAGCCGGGCCGAGCCGGGCCGGGCCGGGCCCAGGAGCGUGCGGACGAUGCAGGCUGCCAGGCCAGGGUCCGCGGGUUCCUGAACCCCGCGCCCGGGCCCAGCGAGGGAGCCCCGUGCAGCGGCCGUGCAGCCGGAGGCGGCCGGGCCCGCCAUGGCCGGGGUCAGCUACGCGGCGCCCUGGUGGGUGAGCCUCCUGCACCGGUUGCCCCACUUCGACCUGCGCUGGGAGCCCACCAGCAGUCAGUUCCGGCCUGAGGACAGCGACUACCAGCAGGCGCUGCUGCUGCUGGGGGCGGCGGCCCUGGCCUGCCUCGCCCUGGACCUCCUCUUCCUUCUCUUCUACUCCUUCUGGCUGUGCUGCCGGCGGCGCAAGAGCGAGGAGCACCUGGACGCCGACUGCUGCUGCACCGCCUGGUGCGUCAUCAUCGCCACGCUGGUGUGCAGCGCCGGCAUCGCCGUGGGAUUCUAUGGCAAUGGGGAGACCAGUGACGGCGUCCAUCGGGCCACCUACUCGCUCCGCCACGCCAACCGCACGGUGGCCGGGGUGCAGGACCGCGUGUGGGAUACGGCCGCCGCCCUGAACCGCACGGCGGAGCCCAGCCUGCAGAGCCUGGAGCGGCAGCUGAGCGGGCAGCCGGAGCCGCUGCGGGCCGUGCAGCGGCUGCAGGGCCUGCUGGAGCUGCUGCUGGCCUACACGGCCGCCAUCCCCUUUUGGCGAAACCCGGGCGUGUCGCUGGAGCUGCUGGCCGAGCAGGUGGACCUCUACGACUGGUACAGGUGGCUGGGCUACCUAGGCCUGCUGCUGCUGGACGUGAGCAUCUGCCUCCUGGUGCUGGUCGGCCUCAUCCGUAGCUCCAAGGGCAUCCUGGUGGGGGUCUGCCUGCUGGGGGUCCUGGCCCUGGUCAUCAGCUGGGGUGCCCUGGGCUUGGAGCUGGCCGUGUCUGUGGGCUCCAGCGACUUCUGUGUGGACCCCGACACCUACGUGACCAAGAUGGUGGGGGAGCACUCGGUGCUGAGCGGAGACAUUCUGCAGUACUACCUGGCCUGCUCACCCCGCGCCACCAACCCCUUCCAGCAGAAGCUGUCGGGCAGCCACAAGGCGCUGGUGGAGAUGCAGGACCUGGUGGCCGAGCUCCUGGGGAGCACCACGCGGGAGCACCCGGCCGCCAAGGACCCCCUGCUCCGUGUCCAGGAAGUGCUGAACAGCACGGAGGUGAACCUGCAGCACCUCACCGCCCUGGUGGACUGCCGCAGCUUGCAUCUGGACUAUGUGCAGGCACUGACCGGCCUCUGCUACGACGGCGUCGAGGGUCUCGUCUACCUGGCCCUCUUCUCCUUCGUCACUGCCCUCAUGUUCAGCUCCAUCGUCUGCAGCGUCCCGCACACCUGGCAACACAAGAGGGGCGCCGAUGACGACGGGGAGGAGGAGGCGGCCCCCGGGCCGCGGCAGGCACAUGACAGCCUAUACCGCGUGCACAUGCCGAGCCUGUACAGCUGUGGGAGCAGCUACGGCAGCGAGACCAGCAUCCCGGCCGCGGCCCACACCGUCAGCAACGCCCCGGUCACUGAGUACAUGAGCCAGAACACCAACCUCCAGAACCCACGCUGCGAGAACACCCCCCUCAUCGGGCGCGAGUCCCCACCGCCCUCAUACACAUCCAGCAUGAGAGCCAAGUACCUCGCCACGAGCCAGCCUCGCCCCGACUCCAGCGGCAGCGGGCACUAGACCGCACCGGCGCCUCCCGCCCCACCCCUCGCACGGCUGCUUGCACCCCAGGGCUGCCGCCGGACCCUCCGCGAGCUCCGCCACGCCACGCCACGCCACGCCAGCCUCGGGCCCCCCUGCAGGCCCCUUGCCCUCUCUCCCUCCCGACAGGGGCACGGAGAUGAGAACAGGGGCCCUGGGCCUGCACCCCCGAAUCGGCUCACGCACCGGGACAGAGCCUUCCUGCCCGCCGCCAGCCCCCCGCUUCCCUCCACAGGGCCCCUGGGGGUGACCUCCCGGCACACAGGCGCUGUGCCCGCCAGCUCGUCCCCCGCACCCCUCUCUCUGCAGCAUCCAGCACCCGCCUGACACAGCGCGCCCCUCCUCCCAGGAGGGCUCCCUGCCGCCGCUCGCUCUCUCCCUCCCCCAGCCCUCCACGGACAGCAGGUGCCGCGCGGAGUCCCAGCUGCACACCGGCCUCUCGGUGCUGGCCGCCUUCUUGGUGCCAAACCCCCUCCCCCGCCCCAGAGAGCUGGCAGCUUUGUCCGGUUCGUUUUUUUGCACUAACCAUGUUUGUCAUCUCUAGGGCAGAUGGGGCUCGGCCAAGGGGGACUCCCCGGGGCCUGACCCGAGCCGGCUGUGACUGUGCCCCUGGCCUCUGAUGCCCACUUGGGACUAACCACUGACCUCACUCCCAGCCUCCACCGGUGCCCCUGGCUGCCCAGAGCCAGCAGGCGAGCCCGCGUCCAGGCUGGAGUGGCCGUCUCUCCGCAGGGUGAGCCGGGGAGCAGGCGGAGGCCCCUCCCUGGGCCGGUGCUGCCCCCGGAGGGCCCUGUCCUCGGGAACAGAUGUCCCGUGGGCUCUGGCCGGGGUCCCUGCGGCCUCGGCGCCCCUGUGGAGCGGGAGCGCGGCUUCCUAAGGUGCUUUCGGUUCUGUGUGUGAUGUUUGCUGUGCUUCCGGCCGCGGCAGCUCCACGUGGGCUCGGGCCGGGGCAGCCAGAGGGCCGCUGGACAGCCAGAGCAGGGCCCCUGCCCUUCCUGGCCAAGCCCCUCUCUCCACGCUGGUGUCCAGGACCAACAAGCGGGGUGGGAGGCAGGUGGGGUGGUGUCUGUGCAGGCAUCUCGGCCCCGGGCAUCGCCAAACCUCAGUGGAGGGGCUCUGCCCCAGCGAAGCCCAGCCAAAGCCGACCUGCCCGGUGUCCUCCCGACUGGACUCCGUGGCGGAAGCAGCCCUGGACAUGGGCCAGAGCCUGGGCAGCAGCCGCACUCCAGGCCAGGGAUGGUGGCCACGCGUGGCCGUGCACGGUGCUGUCCCGGGCUGCCUGUGGCCUCCCACUCCCCAAGGCUGAAGGAAGAACAGGCCUCGGGCCGGGCAGGAGCGGCUCCUGCCAUUGGUUUUUUUUUUUUUUUUUUUUCAUUUGGAGUCUUCAGUGCCCCUUCCCUCACCGUGCCCCCCCCCCAGCCCCUCCUGGGGUGGCAGCCCAGGGCCACCUUGCACCACUGGACUGUGGAGCAUGGGGGGAGGGGGUCCUUGGCCUCGCGGGGAGCAGGGCAGCCAGCGGCACGAGGUGCCCACUCCCCAGGGUUGGGUUUGGGGGGUGGGAGGGCCUGGGUGGGAACAGCCCCUGACCCUUCUCCCUCUACCCCCCCCACCUCACUAUGCAACCCCAGGUCCCAGCCCUGCCCAGUCCCUGUGCCCUAGGCGAGGGGCCGGGGCCUCUCGCAUGGAAUCGUCCCCCGUGUUGAGCCACUGUCACGGAACGAACACGCACACGGUUCUGUCGAGACGCCCCUCCCCCAUCCCCGCCCUCCAUGCCACCCGCCCGGCUCCAUGGGGCCGCGGCUGUAUGUACUGUCGCCGUGCUGUUUUUGUUGUUGGGUUUUUUUUUUUAAGACUGGGUUUGGGGUUUGAUUUUUAUUUCUUUGGGGACCUUAUUUUUCUUGGCAAAUACUAAAAAUCUCGUCAGUGUAAUUUCUGUGGUUUCUAUUCAGCU